CAGGCGUACUAAGAGUAGGGUUGGGUUGAGAGCCGGAGCCAUUACUGCAGGAAAAGGCCCCGCAGAGCUUGGCAGUCAAGAUGUGUGACUUCACCGAGGACCAGACCGCAGAGUUCAAGGAGGCCUUCCAGCUGUUUGACAGAACAGGGGAUGGCAAGAUCCUCUACAGCCAGUGUGGGGACGUGAUGAGGGCCCUGGGCCAGAACCCCACCAACGCCGAGGUGCUCAAAGUCCUGGGGAACCCCAAGAGUGAUGAGAUGAAUGUGAAGGUUUUGGACUUUGAGCAUUUCCUGCCCAUGCUGCAGACUGUGGCCAAGAACAAGGACCAGGGCACCUAUGAGGACUAUGUUGAAGGCCUUAGGGUGUUUGACAAGGAAGGGAAUGGCACUGUCAUGGGUGCUGAGAUCCGGCAUGUUCUCGUCACACUGGGUGAAAAGAUGACAGAGGAAGAAGUAGAGAUGCUGGUGGCAGGGCAUGAGGACAGCAAUGGUUGUAUCAACUAUGAAGCGUUUGUGAGGCAUAUCCUGUCGGGGUGACGGGCCCAUGGGGCGGAGCUCGUCCGCAUGGUGCUGAAUGGCUGAAGACGUUCCCAGUACGCCCAGAGCCUUGUGCCUUCCCCUGUGUGAGAGUGCGUAGCCCCAAAGGCUUCCUAGGUUCUCUUGCCACAGCACUUUCCCGAUCUUGUAUAUCUUGGAUGAUGUCUGCCAUCAGCAUUCACCAAAUAAACUUGCUCUCUGUGCCCUAAA